AUGAGUAUUUUUGGACCUACCAUAUCCUGGGACCCUCGUGAGCCACUCCCACUCGAACUACAGCAUCAAAAGGGGAAUCUGGCAACCGGAAAAUACAGCCCAAGUUCUAACGGACGCGGCAUCACUGGAAAUGCACAGGUCAUGAGCUGCGUACAGGCUCAACCCGAAAAGCGAGCGAGAAGACAUAUCCAAUUACCAGAUCUCACAACAGAAGAAGGAGCCCGGAACCUGCUUGCACCCUGGUCAAUCGAAAUCGACGCAUCUAUUGUGCAGGACACCGCUAGUGUUCAGGUCACCCAAGUGUUUUGGAAUAACUCGACUGUACUCAUCCCUCAAGGAACGUACACAUUCCCUCUUCUGUCAGGAUGCAGUGUGACAGACUUUACCUGUCAGAUUGGGUCAAAGGUAUGGAAGGGAAUUGUGAAACCCAAGAAAGAGGCUCAACAGGCCUUCAAUGAGCAUGUUGCUGCUGGCCUCAUGGCCGGCCUGCUGGAGCAGGACACAACGGAAAUCUUCAGCGCUACGUUAGGAAACAUUCCCCCAGAUACGAGAGUGACGGUCAAGAUAUCAUACAUCACUUUGCUCAAGUAUCACUUGGUCUCUGGUGCGAAGAAUAAAGAGACAUCGACAUUUACCAUUCCGACUUGUAUUGCAAGCCGAUACGGACAACAACCAAGAUUCGCAAGGACAACCACCACAGAUGUCCAGCAAGGACUUACUCUCAGCAUCAAAGUUCUAGAUUCUCGUGCCAUCCACACAAUUCAGAGCUCUACUCACGAAAUCAAGGUCGAGGGGCGGGCUGGGGCUCAAGCUGCGAAUAGCUGGGCAGACCUAGCUAAUGAAAAGUCUGGCAAGGUACCCUCAGGCCAAGCAUCACUGGUCCAGCUGGACCAGGGUCCUAUGUUCCUUGACAAGGAUUUUGCCUUGGAAAUAGUAGUUGAUGUCGACGAGGGAAAUGCUGUUCCCGAGGUCUGGAUCGAACACCACCCAAUAGAUCACAACCAGGCAGCUUUAAUGGCAAUUCUUCCGCCUGGGCUUCUGAAUCAGAUACCAAAAACCCCAGCUCGUCAGCGGGAGAUUCUGUUUCUUGUGGAUCAAUCCGGUUCGAUGAGGGAUAAAAUAGAUUCCCUCAAAUCAGCCAUGCAUUUCUUCCUCAAAGGCAUCCCAUUGGGAAACAAAUUCAACAUUGCACGUUUCGGUUCAAAUUUCACAAGUUGGUGUCCCCAGUCGGUUCAGUAUUCAGGGGAAAGCCUUGAAGCAGCUUUGGCGUAUGUAUCAUCCUCUAUCGAUGCCAAUAUGGGAGGAACUGAAGUCCUUGGCGCUGUCGAGUCAAUACUAGGGUCCAGAGACACUGGGAUGUGGACCGACAUCAUUAUUCUCACUGAUGGGCAAGUUUGGCGGCUCGACCAGCUACUAGCGGCCGUGAAGGAUGCGAGAAAAGCAUCAGAUAAUCGGAUUCGCUUCUUCUGUCUCGGAAUAGGUGAUCGGGUUUCUCAUGCUCUCGUGGAGGGCAUCGCCAGCAUGGGGGGCGGAUAUGCAGAAGUUGUCCCAGCGAGUGAGCAAAACAGCUGGGAAAGCAAGCUUUUGUCUAUGGAAGCUGCGUCAUUGGAAAACGACCCGAUUGGGGAAGUGAAAAUAUACCUAGAAACACAUGAGGGCAAAGCAAUAAAUUGUCCGAGCAGCGCCACAUCUCCCUCUGAACUGCAAAACCUCAACCCGUUUAUUCGAAAUCGCGUCUAUAUGUUGUUUGAACAAGAGAUGACCAAGGAUUUUCGAAGCCUCGACACGCCUUCUUCAAAGGGCGACCGAAAACAAAAGUUUCUUCUGCAUUUAUUGGGUCACCAACAUUUUGAUGGUUCAUUCGAAUUCGCCACGGAUGAGGAAUUCGUUCGUCUUCUGGGGCAAGAUACAUUUGAUGCCGUUGCAAGUCUGGUCGAUCACACGAUCUCUAGGUCUCUCUACUUCACGAUCGCUGUCAUCGUCGUUCUGGAGCAGCAUUUUGCACCCCAGAAGCGGCGUUGGCACAUGAUGCACUCCAAGGCUUCCACUUAUAUCAAAGGCGCCCCCGGGGCAAUCACUAGCCAUCAAAUGGAAGUCUUCCGUGACGGGUUGCGGGGUGUAAGGUCUCCACUGGAUCAGGUCGGCCUGCGGCUUGAACAGAAAGAUCGCAAACCUGGUAGACAAGUUAUAUAUUCGAAGGCAUCGGAGUAUGCAAAACAAGCUGCCAAACGCCUGCGGAAGAUAUUUCGACGUGGUCAAGCUGAUAAAGAUCACCAAAGCAUUCAACAUGGUGAAGUAAUUGCUCCUGGAGGGGAUCGGCCUGGAGAUCCUCAGAAGUCAGGCCCUGUAACUCGGCAGGCUCGCCGAGUAAUUGAGAUUGCACCAUUAGACUAG